AACACGUUGACGUAGUUUGGGGGGCAUUGUUUGAAGAGCAGGGGAAGCGUGCCACAGUUGUCUAGAUUUAAGCUCGCCGAUAAUUUUCUUUAGCCAUAAUUCAAGUCUAAUUUCUAGCAACACUUGAAUUUACGUUUAUCAAAUAAUUAUAUAUAGCGGCCAUGUAUUAGCAACAUAGACACGUACGAGUUUGUGUUGUAACAAAGCUGAAGUUGGACAGCUAACGUUAGCUAGUGCUACUUCCUCCAUCAGACUAGAAAUUAGUGUUAACGUUAGCUAUACUUUAUAAUUGAGCCAACAUCAGUCUUGUUCGCUAUGUAAGUAGCUAGCUAGUUCAAGUAAAGCACAAGUCUUGCGUAGUCUUGUGUAAACUCACCAUUGUGAGAAUGUUCAGGCUAACGUUACUGCUGUAGCUAGUUAGCACCAGAUGAGGAAAGAGAACUGAAUUGUCAGGCGUAAUUUUUUUUUUGGCGUUCAGAUUUUUUUAUUCACCAUAAACUGGUGUUUUAGAUUAAUACUUAGCACAGCAAGCAUAUCGUUUAAUGUAGUUGGCUAGCUUUAUGUAGUGCUUUUUUUAACGUUUAACUAUUGUUUGUUCUAGCAGGAAGUACAGUAACCUUAAGAGAAUAGCUUGGUAGAAAAUGGAGUAAAGCAGUUACAGUAGUCCAUCCAUUGAAAAGCAAAAGUAACGUUAGCUUGUUAUCCUUUGAGGCCAGCUUUAUACAUCGGGAACCCCACAUCUCCUUUGUUUCAGGUUGUGGCAAAAAAAACUUUUUCAAAUAACUUUGUAUAGACCGCUAACAAGUUAUGACAAUCCCUUUAUGUUGAAAACGAACGUUAGCUGGCUAGUUUGCUGCUAGCUACCGACCGAAUGCUGCUACCGAUUGCAUAGCUUCCUAGACAGCUUGCUAGCGUGUCACUUUCCCAACUGCAUCCUAAAGAUGUCGAACGCCAUAAACGAAGGUCUGUUCUUGAUAAAAGACGUGAAGCCUGGAUCGAAAAAUUUAAAUAUCGUAUUCAUUGUUUUGGAAAUAGGGCCAGAGGAACAAUUGAGUCGAUUGUGCAACUUAGUGCAAACAUGUAAUCGACGGGUAACCAAGACGAAGGAUGGCCAUGAGGUGCGUUCCUGCAAGGUAGCGGACAAGAGCGGAAGCAUCGCCAUCUCUGUCUGGGACGAGCUGGGCAGCCUCAUUCAGCCUGGGGACAUUAUCCGGCUGACCAGAGGCUACGCAUCCAUGUGGAAGGGCUGCCUGACCCUGUACACUGGAAGAGGUGGAGACCUGCAGAAGAUCGGAGAGUUUUGCAUGGUGUAUUCCGAAGUGCCUAACUUCAGUGAGCCCAACGCAGAUCUGCUAGCCCAGAACCAGCAGAACAAGACUGGCAAAUCGGAUCAGAGGGGGAAUUCUCCGCCUAAUCAGAAUUCAGGUACACCUGCUCAGUCAGGUAACGGUGCCAUGAUACCAUUUGUCAACAACAACAGUUCUCCCUCCACUCCUCGUGAUCCUGUCUUUGGGGGUGUGGGGCGGACUAACGGCCGUUCCCCUGGCAGCGCAGCUCCUCCAAUGUCCGCUGUGGGACCUCCCAGUGCCCCCAAGCCUUCGGUCACUAUUAGCAAUGGCAGGGACCCCCGGCGUGCCAAGAGAUGAAACUGGCAUUAGGGAAAACUUUCCCCUGGCCUCUUAACCCCCCCCCUCCUCCUCCUCACUCUCUCCCUUCCAUCUACCUUUUGAACAAGCCAGACCUGGCAUUUGCAACAUCACUGAAAAAUACUAGUUUCUGAUCUGCAGCUUAUACUGGUUAACCUAGUUGACGUUGUCUUUCUCUAGUUGAGCUAAUGUUUGUUGGUUAUGCCAUCAGUUGCAUAAAGCACCUCACUGAAUAAUUGUGACCUAAACAUGAACACAGUAGCAGGACUUGCAAAGCUCUGGACAUAAAGUAUGUAUACCCCCUUCCACCACCAUAAUUGCCAAUUUUGUGCCAAUGUUAUUGACAACCCUCCCUGUGCCUCUCUCGCCUAUCUUGUUGGCUGAAACUAUACACCCUACUUGACCACUAGAUGCACUUUCUUCUCUUUAAGUCAAAGUGAAUGCAUCACUAAUUUGAUUAAGGAACUGAUUACUGCUGAUGGGGAAAGCCUUACGUAGGCGAAACAACUUUUUGGACAGAAUUAACUAACAAACCCCCCCUUGGAAGGAUCUACUCCCUUCUCAACCAAAACAUAUCAAAAGUGACUGAAAAGAAAGGUGAUAGUUUGAUUUUUAACGGUAGGUCGAUUAGAUUUAGUUGAAUGGCUACAGUUUUCAUGAGGACUAGUUUAUUUGCUGCCCAGUUAUGAACAAUACGUUUGUUAGGUGGGAACACUUAAGAGGUUCACCCAAAUAUAUUUUACUGCCAUUUUGAUUUCUAUUUCAUCUCUGAGAUACAGAUGGUGAAGUAGCUAAUGAGUGCAAUAAAUAAUAUUGUCACAUUUAACUCUAGCUAUGUUCCUCAUUCUGUCAAACAACUUUAAUCAAGACUGAGUAAUACAUUUAAUCUGUUUUAUCACAUGAACACAUUUCCAAUGAAUGACAGACGGAAGAACAGCGUUUCUGAUAUGUCAAAACUAGCCAUAAGGCUAAUAUCCUUAACUUUAAUCGAUAGUCCCGAGGCUUAUUCAGUAGGAGGAAAUAUGUACCUUGUUGCAUGUCUACCCUGUGGGCCGGUUUCCCAGACAGGUUAAACGUAGUCCAGGACAAAAAAUGAAACUYGAUGGAGAUUCUCAUUUGAAAGUAUUUUAGUCCAGGGCUAGGCUUAAUCUGUGUCUGGGAAACUGUCCCUAUAUGUCAUCUAUCUGAAACACUUAAAAUGUUGAAACCUAUUGAAUAAGCUCCAGGGAUCACCCAACUGCCCUCAAGUAGAGAGAAAUUUUGAAGAUCUGUCAUCACGUGGUGUUUAUUUAUAUACUACCAUUAUACAGUGCUCUCCAGUGUCCAUCCACUCAAGUUCUUGGCAUGCCUUGCGCAGGAAACUCAUUCCAUGAAGGGCCAAGAGUCUGCUGGUUUUUGUUAAGACCUCGUCAACAAGGUGAGAGGAGUGCCUUACUAAUCAGCGACUUUAAUUGAUCAAGUACAAGGCAAGAGCAAAAACCGCAGACACUCGGCCCUGUGUGGAAUGAGUUAUGACACGUGCCUUACUUAAUCAUUUAGGCUGCUGCUAAAAAAAGUAGUGCUUUUUUGGUAGUCCUCUGUGCCAUAUUGUACCCUUCAAUUAGAUUGUUAUGAUCAAAGUUUUUAAUCCAUACUUUGCAAUCUUAUUUAUUUCCCAAGUCCAGUUGGACUGACCUCAAAUUGUUUCAUAGUGCAGUUUUGGCAAUAGUCUGAACUAGACGAAGCCUUCGGAAGGCCUACAUAUGAUGUUCAAGUAAUUUUAUAAGCAGAUAUCUAAAAAUUGGUACUUUCCUUAUUUUAGCCCAGUGGUCUGUUUUGAAACUUAUUUUGUAACCACGCAUUGCAAGAGACUAAACACACAUGGCUUCAUCCUGUGUUUCACAAGGCACCACUGACCACAGCCUGGGAAGGCUUUGGCCUGUGAGAAUUUCCCCUGCACUAACUGAUAGGCACUGUGUCACGUUGCGCAAAAGAAAAAUAGCUUCAGGCUAUUCUGGAUAUUAAUUAACAAUUAAAAAAAAAAUAGUUAUCUACUCUUUGAUAUUCUAAAAUAGGGCUGGUUUCCCAGACCCAGAUAAAGCCUAUUCCUUUACCAGAAAGAACUUUAAAUGAAGACUCAUUGAGCAUGCAUUUUUGUUCACUACUAGGCUUAAUCUGUGUCUGGAAACUGGCUCAUAUUAAAAUAAGCAAUGUAAUACAGUGAGAGUGCUUACUCAGUUGUUGGGUAUGUGAGCUUUAUAUUUUGAAAUGUAUAAAAUAUUUCCUAGAGAAAUUGUUGGUUGAAUAAAUGUACAGUGCAUCAGACACUAUGGCAGAGGACAACAGCACAAUAUUUUUGUAAUAUGUCAGGUAUGUUAUGAAAUGUGCUCCUAAAAGUGAGUGUGUAUGUAUGAACUAAAUCCUGGGUGGUAAAAGUUCAAAGAUCAAAAUGAAAGCGGAASUGUGGAGAUAACAGCUGGUGAUUAGCCUGUAAGAAUUGUGUCCUUGGAGUCAUUUUCUGCCUCAGAUGCUUGAAAACAAAUGGACGCUUUGAAAUAAGAUAAACAUUACCUCGCACAUGUGCAUGCCAUAUAAUGUUUAAUCUUCCUAAUAAUGAUUAUUCUCUUGCGGUUA